AUGGAUGAUGAUGAUGAUGAUUAUUAUGUUUGGCCGUUCCUGGAGUAUGGACCGCCCCCUGACAGUCGAACCACGCCGCCCCCGCCGCCUCCGCCACCUAUCGAGAAGCGACUGAAGUACGUCAGCAUAGCAAAGCCCGUCAUCAAGUACCAGACCGCCAAGCCGCUGCCACCGGUUACACCGCCGCCCUCGCCGCCGCCGCCGCCGCCCCCGCCGCCUCCUCAGAAGCCCAAGCCGCCUGUGCGGCCUCACCUAGUCUACGGACCGCCGCCAGAGUUCCAGACGGAGAAACCCAGCCUGCCAUCUCCGCCGCUUCCACCGCCCCCGCAGCUGCCAGUGCGGCCAUAUGAUUCUGCAGAACAGACAGCUAUACCAGAGCCACCACACCGGUUCUCGCUGCCGGCGUCAGAUCACCACAAGAAGAGGCACUUCGUCAAGAGGGACACCGACAACGCCAUCACCUCCUUCCUCUACCGCUUCGUCGACGACGGCAGCGCUUUUGACGAGCGAGGCCAGCUGAAGCUGAACGCCCACGACAAGACGCUGGGCAGCUACGCCUACCGCUACGUCGGCACUGACGGCGUGACCGUCGACGUGUCGCGAACACCCGCCGCCUAGCCUGCGAGGUCGCUGCGCCGGGGUCUGCACACCCGUCCUGGACGAAACUUCCUCCUCCAGUACCAGGAACAGCGUGCUAGCGACUAUAGAGGAGACAGUUAUCAUUCUGUGGACUUUAUUGUGGUCGUCACCUACCUGCUCUCUACGAAGAACGUAUCAAAUCUGAUCUUUCCACGCAGCGGGGAUGCGGAAGACUGCAAAGGUUUACAAACGUGCCACGUGCUUGCAAUUUUGAAAAGAUGCGCAUCUGAAACUGUGUGAGUACUUGCACCUAAAGAAGGUUGACCGUAUAUACAGAUUAAAGAUGAUAGUAAAGUUAUGUUUUCCUCAUAAGUGAGAAAAAUGAAGCCAUACUCAUCACAAAAUAUUGUUGCAUCUCACUGUUGAAUUGCUAAAAUAAUACUCUGCGUUUCCUAACGGGUAUUAGUACUAAAUGUAUUCAAUGCAGUAAUAUUUU